CUUCAUCACAUCCGGCUUCAUUGCACUCAUGGGGGUGGGAAAGAAAUAAUAAUUAUCAACUGUACUAUACUAUAAAGACAUAAAAGAAUAUGGACUGGCCGAGGGAGAAUCACAAUAUAAGUGAAACAGAUCUUCGUAACGUGUUCAAAUACGAACCCAAGAAAACUAGAGUGCUCACGUUACAGGGACUCUAUGAGGAGCCGAGUGUAAAUUUGUUCGAGACACAUGACCGAUGGAUUGAAUGGAUAGAUAAAGAAUUACCAAAGCCAGAUAGCGGGGCGUCAGGGCUCGUCUUGGUACUUGCGAGGAGAACGGGCCAGCAGCAGGCGCCAGCAAUACGCGAUGACCUGCUCACUUUGGAAAAGGAGCCUCCAAAAUCAGAGAGGGCUCAGACCUUCCCGAUACAAGUCGGAGGAGCUCCAAAUGCUGAGAAAGGACUUCAAUCAGCCUUGAGCGGGCGGCGUAGUGCCAGAACACUUCCAUUCUCGCUGGAAAUAUUCAGGUUAAUAUCCCAAAGACUCUGCCUGCAUGGUUCAAUAGCACGAGUUAUAAACCGGACCGAUGUUCCAAUCUUCUCCCGCGCAGAAGUCCAGAUGGGAUUACCAGAAGGUCCGACAUAUCCUGCUUACAUAUAUAAUUGUCGAUCCACGAAUGCCUGGGAAAUGGACCUCGCACUGACAGUCACACAUUUUCCGCACACGGGGCUGACUUACGCCAUGCUAUUUGGAUGUUCAAUAACUAUUGAAGAUGAAAUUAUCAGGCGAUUAUGCUCUGUAGGUGAAGCAGCGAGUUACCCCUUACUCCUACCUGGCAUCUUUGCCGAGAUUGAGCGAAACCGGCAUAUGAAUAUUAUCGAGGACUAUGUGGAUGACAUCGAGCAAAAAAUCUUCGAACUCGACUACCUUCCAUCCAUCGAGAAACAAAUAGACAAUGCCGAGACUGAGAGGAGGAAUAGGGAUAAACGCUCACAGUGGCUUGACACGGCAUACCUAAGGAAUGGGCUCAUUACCUGGAAUGAGCAGUUGGUUAAAAUGGCCAAACAUACAGAAGAGCUCCAAAAUACUCUCUUCAUGCCGACUAAGGAUAAAUAUCUUCAUGAUCAAGCUAGUAUUGCUUCGUACGCACAACUGCACCCCGAGCCACUCUAUAGGCCAGAACUUUAUGAUGAAAAAGUUGACUACGACGAAAGAGAUGAGAUGCGCAAGAGUGAAAUGAGGAAAAUUGGUACUAAGGUCAGCGAUCGCCUCACAGCUAUCAUAGAGGAGUACGAGGACAAGAUCCGAGAGUGUACUAUGCGAAUCGACGGAAUGGCAAUGGCUACGCAAUGGUCCCACGGAGAAACAAAUGUUGAGAUAGCUCUAGCAACGGGGCGAGACUCGAAGCAUAUGCGAACCAUAUCCAUAGUCUCGAUGGUAUUUCUGCCGGGCACGUUCAUGGCGAGUAUUUUCUCAAUGCAGUUUUUCAACUGGGUUCCCAGUAAUGAUGAUACCGUCAUCUCACGGUAUUUCUGGAUCUAUAUUCUAGCGACUGUGAUAGCAACCACGCUGACGCUUGGGACAUGGUAUUACUGUGUGGUUUGGCGCCAUCGAUCACGGAAGGCGGUUUCGGAGGAAGAGUGACUUCUGACUGAGUGAGCAGAUGUAUUAUUAUUGAUGAUAUUGCUGAUGAUGCAUGUAUAUUGGUUUGGUUCGGAUUCCCAUCUGCUUCUAUUCUCUUAUGUUCAUUCCUAUUUCCUCGCAUCGGGACACAGCACGACCAUUGGAUCUUUCCUAAAUUUAACAUUAUCGGGCACUUGGUAAAUACGCAUACUAGGUACCUAUUGUUGAAGGAUGAACCAAGCGCUCAUUAUGUUAACUUGCUUCCUAUGUACUCUACCAAUGGGAAAUACGGCUGGCAAGGGAAUUCAUCCCUUUCGCAAAUUGAACUUAUUUUUACUUACCUACCAUAAACCAAAGUAUCUUACUCCUUAGGGAAGACUUCCUUAAUACCUACUUACAUA